GGUAUUCUCAGGAUCAAGAGAAAGAAGUUAAAAUGACUAAUCCACUGAGAGGAGAGGUGGUCAGAUUGUACAAAAAUCUUUUGUAUCUUGGACGGGAAUAUCCAAAAGGCACCACAUACUUCAGGGAGCGUCUGAAAGCCGCUUUCAUGAAGAACAAAGACGUCACCGAUCCUGAGAAAAUCCAAAAGCUGAUUGACCGUGGAGAAUUUGUGAUCAAAGAACUCGAGGCACUUUACUUCCUCAGGAAAUACAGAGCUAUGAAGAAACGCUAUUACGAACCAGAGCAUUAGUCGAUGUUUUCUGUCACAAGUGCCAGACUAUAUGUGUCUCAAAAGUUUUUGAAAAUCUGUAUGAUGUGUUGCACUAUAACAGAUUUGGACAUAAACGUUUCUUUUUUACAAUUACUA